UUAUUUUUACAAUUUUUUUGACAAGAGAGAUUUGCGUCCUUUUUUGCAAAAAAAUAUAAAAAAGAUUUAACUAAAAUUUUAACAGAGUAAAAAGUUCACAAAAAAAACUAAUUUGUAAAUACCGUUUACACAAAAACAAAUCAAAAAGAUAUACAUAUAAAAUAGAAAAAUAUGAGUGGAAAAGUAUUAUUUGCGUGCUCAAAGUGUUUCUCGAGGCAUCCAUUUGAGGAAUUAUCGUCGGGAACUCAACUUUGCAAGAAUUGUCGUGGUUCCACCUCCGUGGUUAAAUGUUCUUAUUGUCGUUCAGAAUUUCAACCAAAUUCGAAAUCUCAGAAUAUUUGCAAAAAAUGUGAACAUAAUCUGAGUAAAUACGGUAAACCCAGUGCCUGUGAGUGUUGUAAAAUUGUUGCUGCUUUUGGUAACUCCAAGUGCAUGAGAUGUGCAAGCUACGAGGCCAGAUAUGGACCACCAGUACAGUGUGACGAAUGCAAACUAAGAUCAGCUUUCGAUCGACGUGAUGAAAAUAAAAAGGUUAAUGGAAAAUUGCUGUGUUGGCUUUGUACCUGUGCAUAUAAGCGGGCUUAUUUAAAAGCCCAACAGGAGGGUCGAAUAUCAUCCAAAAAAAGGCCUCAUGAAAAAUCACAUCGCGAUAGUUCUACUGCUUCGGCUAAAAAACCCUCCCGUAGUGAUAUUAGCAAAACAAAUAGUAGCAAUACAAGUGUUGCUGUAUCGGCUGUAAGUGCAGCUGGCCUCGAUAUGCCAGAAAAAAUAUCACGUACUGGUUCAUCAGGCAGUGGUAACGGCAGUAUAGGUUUAGGAUCAAUUGCUGCACCAGCUGUGGUGAGUAUUGAUCCAAAUUCCGCCGAUCACGUUGUGGCAAUGACAACUUUAAAGGAGCGUAUUGCUAGUCUGGAGAAGCGUUUGGCACAAAAGGACAAAGAGUUGUUGGAAAAGGAUAAAUUGCUUACCGAACUCAAGGGUAAAAACUUUGAAAAAGAGAAUGAGAUGCGUAACAAAUUAAGGGAUAUCGAUAGAUUAAAUGAAAUGAAAGUGGAUAAUUUAAACAGAAAAGUUGCAUCUCUACUUAAGGAGGUGGCUACGCUAAAGAAGAGCAACAAAAAGAAUAAUGGAGGUGGAGCUAGUGCAGCUAUGGCUGCAAAUCGAGAAAAGGAAAGAGAAAAACGUGAACGUGAGAAUGUUUCGCCCAAAGAGGAAAUAACUGCUGCCAGCACAGCAACUGAAUCAUCGGAUAAAGAUGACGAAAAGGACGAUGCUAAGGAAGACAUUAAAAGCGAAGAUUCGCGUGAUUCCCGUAUCAGUACUAAAGAAGAGGCCAAACCUUCGAAAGUGGAGGAUGAAGUUAAAGAAGAAGAUGCCGAAGAAGAUGAAGAGAAAGAAAAGCGUGAGGAACGUGAGAAAAGCGUUAAGAGCGAAAAAAGCGACAAGAGUGAAAAGAGUGUUAAAAGUGAGAAAAGUGUCAAAAGCGAUAAAAGCGAAACCAACAAGGAAGAAGACGUUGAACGUUCAGGAAAUCGUUCUCGUUCGGGUUCAAGAUCAGUAUCACGUUCAGCAUCUAGAUCUAAAUCUCGUUCCCGUUCACAAUCGCGUUCUCGUUCGCGCUCUCGUUCACAUUCUCAAUCACGAUCUCGUUCAGGAUCUCGUUCACGUUCUGGUUCACGUUCACCAUCUCGUUCGCGCUCUAAUUCACCAGAUUCCAAUUAAACAACGACAGAGACUUUUCUUAUUUUAUUUCCUCAAUUUUAUUAAGUGUUUUUAGAACAGCUAAUACACAAUUUUAUUUUCUGAUUUUUCAAGUUUUUUUUUUUUUUUUUU